UGAUACAUGAAAAGUAAAAAAAAGAGUCAAAUUCGAUGCAGUCAUGUUUUUAGUUGGACUUACAGGUGGAAUUGCAACAGGCAAAAGCACAGUUUCUCGGAUUUUAUCAGAAGAAUGUGGUUGUUUGAUUUUAGAUGCAGAUUUAAUAGCAAGAGAAGUUGUACUCCCAGGAACAAAAGCUUGGAAAACAAUUAGGAAACAAUUUGGAGAUGAAAUCAUUCAUGAAAAUGGUGAACUUAAUCGGGAGAAAUUAGGACAAAUAAUUUUUGCUGAUGCAUCUAAAAGAAGACUUCUGAAUUCUAUAACCCACCCAGAAAUAUACAAGUCUAUGCUAUGGAAAAUACUGAAAGCUUUUGUAAGAGGAAGACAGUUUGUGAUACUAGAUCUACCAUUAUUAUUUGAGACAGGGAAGCUAGUCCCUUAUGCUUCCUACAUUGUGGUUGUAUCAUGCUCAGAGAAACAGCAAAAAGAAAGACUAAUGAAAAGAAAUACCUUAUCCCAGGAAGAGGCUGAUCAAAGAAUCAGCUCUCAAAUGUCAUUGGCUGAGAAACGUAGACAAGCAACAUACAUUAUUGACAAUGAGGCUGAUAUUGAAUAUACUAGGCAACAAGUCAAAAAUAUUCAUCAGAAAUUAAAAGGCAGUUACCUUCAUUGGAAAAUUAGAAUUUUACUCUCUUUAGGAUUUUUCUCAGUGUUUGGAUUAUUUAGCUAUACAUUAAAACAGUUUUAACUUUGUCAGUUAUUAAUAUAUAUAUUUGUAUGCUAUUUAUUCAGAUUGGGCUACUUCAAGAAAUAAAUCUUAUAUGACUUUCCAAAGUCUUUCAUUAUUCUUUGCAUGAUACUGAUUUUCAUAUUUUAAAUCACACAAUUCAGACAUAUUGUUCUAAAACUUGGGCACUUUUUUUAGGGGUACACAACACAACAAAAAUCUAGAUACUGAAACAAGAUAUUUCUGGCUUUUUCCCUGUCAACAUGAUGAAAUAUGCAACACUAGGACUUUGAUUUAUUUUAUAUGUUCUACAAAAGAACAAAAUUGCUAUACAUAGCUUCAUGUUCAUGUCACCAAGAGAAUUAUUAAUAUUGUUUCUUUUAU